AUGAGCUGCAAAACCAGUCUGGACAAUGGCAGCUACUGGGUCAGUGGUGGCUCUGAUGGCCGUGGUUUCUCCACAGGGCGCCUGAGCUCCACAUCCAGCAACAGCUCCUGCGGCAGCUCGGAGUACUCUGGGGAGGUCAUCCCCCACCCCCCGGGUCUGCCCAAGUCCGACCCUGGCCACUGGUGGGCCAGUUUCUUCUUUGGGAAGACGACUCACCCAGCCAUGACGACCGUGUCGGAGUCCCCGGAGAGCUCAGGAGCGCUGCGGGUGACGCCAGGACCGAUGGCAUGUGGCUUGGUACCGGCCCCAGGAGCAGGACGGAGGCGCCACGCCAGCGAGCCCAGCUCCGGGCCCUUGGCAUGAGCGGGUCAGCGGCUGGUCCCCCCACGCGUGGGGGGCCGGCCAAAACCCCCGCCCCCCCGGUAGAGUAGGCAGGCUGCUCCAAGGCAGAGGCGUCGCUUUGUGAUAAAAAAGUGCAGCAACCCCCUCCCCGACGAUUCCCACACCAGCCUUUUUACUCUUUCUUAACGCAACUACGCCCUUUCCACGCAGACUCGGUAACACGUUUUAUUUACCUUGUACUCAUACAAUGGCAACUAAUAAAAGUCAA